AUAUGGAAGAAACUGAUCAUGAAAGACCUCACUUGGAGGUGAAGAAGGUUGAAGAAGAAGAAACCAUACAAAAGGAGCUAGAGAUGUUUGAUAGAGGGAUUAUUCAAGAUUUACAUUUCAACAAAGAAGAUGGCAAUGAAGUUUAUGAUGCAAGAGGAGAUGAUUUUAUGAUUAAUGGAAGAUAUAAUAAUCAAAAAGAAAAGUUGAGAAAGCUCACUAAGUUGAAGUAUUCUUGUAAGAGAAUGAAUACUUUCUAUGUAUACAAUGGCAAAAAUAAAGAUAAGAGCAUUGACGAAGCCAUGUACUCUUUAAGAUGAAGAAAAUUAAUUAAUUUGAGAUUUAAUUGUGGAAAAAUAGUGAAAACUCAGUUCGGAUUCUAUUCAAAAAGUCUUUGAAAAUUGAAUCCAAUUGUCACAAAUCUCAUCAGUUUAUGAGAUUUUCUCAUCUCUCAUCAUCAAUUUUGAAGGAUACUAAUGUCAUCAAUUUGAUCUAGAUUUUUGAGAUUCACUGAAUGAGAAAUAAGAUGAAAGAAUAAUAAACUCGUUGAUAAAUGAUUCGAUGAUAGAAGAAAUCCAAAAAUUGAGCUGCUAAAUUUCCUGAGAUGAAGAGUAAUAAAUACUGACGAUGGCAGCCAUGACCAAGAUAACUUCAUCAAAACCCUAGCUGAAUCUCCUCUCCAAAAUUCCCUCACCAGUAUAGAUUAUCAAUACCCUAACAUCAAUUGGAAAGACAAUCUAGUAGCAAUCAUCCACACUUACUUCAUCAAAACCGUUAAAAUCCAUUUCCACUAAAACACCAAUCAUAA